AUGAACCUGAUUCUGUCACUCCUGAUCCUGGUCUUCGGUAAGGAAGCUGCUGUGAUCCUCAUUGAACGCACACUUAAAGAACCGGUGAGGAGAACCAGGGCAGUGCAGUGGCUCGAGUUUGGCGACACUGUGAGAGACCCGGCAGCUGGCAGCAGGUGUCUGGUGGCUGGAUGGGGAGUAACUGAAAACAGCGAUGCAUCAGACGUCCUCAUGUCUGUCAAUGUGACUGUGGUGGACAGACAGAAGUGCAACUCUCGUGAUUAUUACAACCACGACCCUGUUAUCACCGAUGACAUGAUAUGUGCUGGUUCAGAUGGUACAAACGUCGCUGAUACCUGUCAGGGGGAUUCAGGAGGGCCGCUGUUGUGCGAUGCAGCGCUGGUUGGAGUCACUUCUUUUGGAGAGGAUUGUGGUGUCAUUAAUAAACCUGGAGUCUACUCGUUUGUCUCAGAGAGACAACUGUACUGGAUCAAAACUACGAUGAAGUUAUUCUAAAUGUCUUGAAACCACAGACAUCAGGCUGCAUGAUUUGAUUUCACAGGUGUCCAACUCCAGGCCUCGAGGGCCGGUGUCCUGCAGGUUUUAGAUGUCCUUGAUCCAUCACAGCUGAUUUAAAUGGCUAAAUGACCUCCUCAACAUGUCUUGAAGUUCUCCAGAGGCCUGGUAAUGAACUGGUCAUUUGAUUCAGGUGUGUUGACCCAGGGUGAGAUCUAAGACCUGCAGGGACACCAACCCUCGAGGCCGAGCUUGCUGCACUUUUUUUAUAGAUUCUGCACUUGGCUAGUCUGCUGCAUGAACUUAUGGCAGAUAAAGGUGGAACAAAAAUUAAUUGUACUGACCUCCUAACCACAGUUUAGGCCUACUGUAUACACAAUUGGAAACACUGUUUGGCAUUUUACCAUAUUUCACCAUAAAAACCGUACAGAAACAUGGUUAUAUCUAAUAAUCAUUUUUUCAAAUAAAUGAAAGAAUUCCCAAACAUAAGUGCUCCUGGCUCCAGUGAACGUAAAAUAUUAUUGUAUUAUAUCGUACUGUUUUAUUGUUGGUUCUACUUUACAAUAUAAAGCACCUUGAGGUGACUGUUGCUGUGAUUUGGCACUGUAUGAAUAAAAUUUAAUUUAAUUUAAUUGAAAUUGAAAUUAAAAAAGUGAGAUAUUCAGACUGUCAAACAGACAGAUUCAACACAUCUUAUACAACCAACUGAAACUGAAAAUGAGGCUUGUGGACAGGUUUAUUUGAAAAAGACAAAAAAGUUUACAUUCUUAUUUGUUCCAUUUCACAUUAUGACUGUGUGCUUGAUAUACUUGCUACUUUUUUUACUUUCUAAUAAAGCUGGAGGCAUGAGUAAAUAAAGACACGAUUCAUUCUC